AUGUCGGAUUUAGAUGAAGAUCUGUUAGCUUUAGCUGGUGCCGAUGAAUCUGAGGAAGAAGAUCAAGUUUUAACCAGCACGUCCGCCAAAAGGGCCAAAAACAACGAUCAAUCUGUUUCCAAAAAGAGAAGAAUUGAAGUUGACAGUGCAGAGGAAGAAGACGAGGAAGAUGAGGAAGAGGACGAUUACAACCCCUACUCUGUAGGGAAUGCCGGCUACGGAUCAGAGGGGGAAGAGGCGAACCCAUUUCCCUUGGAAGGUAAAUUUAAGGAUGAAAACGACAGAGAGCACUUGGAAUCCUUACCUGAAAUGGAGCGUGAAACUUUGUUGUUUGAGAGGUCUCAGAUAAUGCAGAAAUACCAGGAAAGAAAACUGUUUAGGGCACGUGGAAGAGAUAUGAAAGAACAGCAACAAAGGGCUAAAGAUAAGGAAGAUUCCAGAAAAACUAGGACCUCCACUAGGUCAACCCACGCUACUGGCCAUUCGGAUAUCAAGGCUUCAAAGCUUUCGCAAUUGAAGAAGCAACGAGCCCGGAAAAAUCGUCAAUAUAGUGACAACGAAGAUGAAGAAGACGAUGAAGAUGAGUACAGAGAAGAUAAUUAUAAGAAUGAAGAGGAAAGUGAGUAUGAAGACGACGAAGAAUACAAUCCAUUCGAUAGAAAGGACCUAUAUGACAAAAGAGAAGAAGAAGUCGAAUGGGCAGAGGAAGGGGAAGAUGAGCUUGACAGAGAACCUGAGAUUUCUGAUUACAACAAACUAAGGAUUGGUCGUUCAUUCGUAGCAAAAUUCUGUUUUUAUCCUGGGUUCGAAGAUGUAGUCAAGGGUUGUUAUGGUAGAGUGAACAUUGGCACAGAUAAACGCACUGGUAAAACUUCUUAUCGUAUGGUGAGAAUUGAGAGAGUUUUCUUGCAAAAACCUUACAGCAUGGGCAAAUUUUAUACUAAUCAGUAUUUUGGUGUAACACAAGGUAAAGAUAGAAAGGUUUUCCAAAUGAAUUACUUCAGUGAUGGUUCAUUCGCUGAUGACGAAUACCGAAGAUAUUUCAAGGCAUUGGAUAACUCGCACAUGGUUAAGCCUUCUUUACAUUCUUUGAGUAAUAAGACAAAAGAAGUUAUGGAUUUCGUCAAUACGCCAUUAACUGAUAAAACAACAGAUGAAGUCGUUCGUCAUCGGAUGCAAUUCAAUAAAAAACUAUCAGGGACUAACGCAGUGCUGGAGAAGACCGUAUUGAGAGAAAAACUACAAUAUGCUAAAGAAACAAAUAAUGAAAAGGAUAUUGCCAAAUAUUCCGCUCAAUUAAGAAAUUUUGAGAAACGAAUGUCUAUAUACGAAAAACAUCAUGAGAACGACCAAUCUGACAUCAAAACACUAGGUGAGUUAACUUCAAAAAACAGAAAAUUAAAUAUGAGUAACAUCAGGAACGCAGAGCAUGUGAAGAAAGAAGAUAACAGCAAUUUCGAUUCAAAGAGUGACCCUUUUAGUAGAUUAAAGACCAGAACCAAGGUCUACUACCAAGAAAUACAGAAGGAGGAAAAUGCGAAGGCCAAAGAAAUUGCUCAACAAGAGAAGCUACAAGAAGAUAAGGAGGCUAAGGAUAAGCGUGAGAAGGAGUUGCUUCUUGCUCAAUUCAGACGCCUUGGUGGAUUGGAGCGUAUGAUUGGUGAACUGGACAUCAAAUUUGACUUCAAGUUUUAG